AUGUCAGGCAACACCUCAGACAACAUGUCAGACAACAGCAUGGAUUCCGACAUCUCAGUGGCCAUGUUCACCUUCCCCACCCUCAUCGAUCUGUAUGUAUACCCCAAUCGGACAAAGCACAAACCCGUCAACCACUGGGUUAUGAUCCUCGCGCCUCCAGGCAACAGUAACUGCACAUUCUACCACAUCCGCGCAAUGGAGGGUCUCUUUGGCAUGGAGUACAUAAAUAUAUCCUCCCGCGAACGCAUUCCGCUCCACUCACUCCCCAUCACCGCGGGUGAAGACAUGGAGAAGUAUCUAAUGGGUCGAAUUGACCAAAAUAGGCAGGAUAAGAUUAUGCACGUUCUCAAUCAGUCACUGCUAGAAGCCUCGGAGACUUCGAUGCCGUGGACGCUGACCUUUUUGCACAUGCUGGAGGAGGAAAAGCUUGUUCCGCCGGGGAUGUGGAUCUUUUACGACCGGAUGCAUGGUGAGCCGGAUACUGAUUUUGUUGUGGAGGAGAAGUCUGUUGUUUCUGAGAAGUUGGUGGAGAAGAUGCAGGAUUUGGGCUUGGAUUCGCGAGUAUCCAAGAAUGAGUUUGAGAAGUUGACAAUGAGGUUUCGAAAUGUUAAUUUAAUAUCGGAUUAG